AUGUUCAAAGGAAAUCUUCAUAAAUAUCAACGAUCAUCAACCGGAGCUCCAAAGACAUCACCUCAAGCAUCAAAUCCACCUGCUGCUCAGCCACCCUUGAAUGUUAUGGAGGGAUUUGUGUGUAGAUUUUUGGAAGGAUGUGUGAGAGGAAUUUGUGAUGUUUUUAUUGAAACAAUUUCUCAUCCAGUGUUGGCUGCAGUGUUGCGAUAUAUCAAAAUUAUUGGACCGGUCUACGUUCCAAAGAUUUAUUCUCACUAUCGUCAUCCUCAACCAAGCCAAUAA